AGUCGGCAAUCGCUUAUCACAAUAUCACAAUAUCACCUCAAAGUUAACCUCAAAUCCAGCAGAUCGCGCUGACGUACCGUAAACUAACGGGAGCUUCGGCGGAGCUACUGUGAGUCUCUAAGCGUGCAGCUGAUUUCCCCGAUAAAUAUUCUCUCUACAUACGUAAGCAGAAAAGCGGGCUUCGGCGUGUGUACACUAAACGUGAAAAGAGCGAAUCUACGAACGACACACGGCGACUUACACGUAUAGUGGAGGGAGCAGCAGUCAGUAGCGCGUCCGCACUCAUUUCCAUCUGGCUGGUCCUCCCUUCUGCCAGCAGGUUCAUCGCGUUUUCCGCCCUGGAAGUUGUUGCGCGACACUUCCGCAACAGCACAGCAGACCCUUUGAAAUAGCUGUUAUGCUCUCGACGUCAUUCAUCCGACUACGCGCUUGACCUGAUUCCUCACCAUGGUGGUGGAGCGCAGAAAAAACAAGAAGCGAAAAGACGAUGGCUACGACAGGCCAAUUGUCGCAGACAAACCAUCCAAGGAGGAGUACGCUGUGGCUAAGUGGAUUCGAAACAAUGUACCGUCCAAAAAAACCAAAUUCGAUAGAAACCAUAUUGUCGAGUACUUCACUGGAACAAGGGCUGUGGAUGCUCUAUUAGACCAUUCACCAUGGAGCCAGACUUUGUUCGAGUCGAGACAACAUGUUGUCGACUUCUUGGAUACUAUGCUGAGGCACAAAUUUUUUCACCGGGCGAAAAAAAUUGUUAUUACCGAGGAUGAAUUAAUUAGAAUUAAAGGAAUCAAAAAGAAGCCUACAAAGGAUAGCAAGGAUUUGAAAGAGGACAAAAAGCCAGCUGAGAAGGAGAAACAGAAAGAGAAGGAAAAGGAGAAGGACAAAGACAAGGAUAAAGAGAAAGACAAGGAUGAGAAUGAUUCUAAAGGUGGGGACAAAGAGGACAAGAAAGAUGGGAAUGAGAAACAAGAAAAAAGAAAAGAUCUGAAAAAGAAACCAAAAGUUCGAUUAGAAAUGCAUAUGGACCAAUACUUUGUAGAUUGCAAUGAUGCAUAUGUUUGGAUAUAUGAACCAAUCCCGGUAUACUAUUGGUUUUUUGGUACUUUAUUGGUGUUAGGGGCAAUCGGUGUUUGCCUUUUCCCAUUAUGGCCACUGACAGUGCGUCAUGGUGUAUGGUACUUAAGUAUAGCGGCAGCUGGGUUCCUCAUUUUUAUUCUUUCACUGAUUGUUAUAAGAGUGAUAGUUUUCUGCAUUUUAUGGGUGUUGACUUUGGGCAGACAUCAUUUAUGGCUUCUUCCAAACUUAAUUGAGGAUGUUGGAUUCUUUGCCUCCUUUUGGCCACUAUAUCACUACCAGUAUCUUGGCCCGAAUUCAAAUGACGCAAAGAAAAAGAAAAAGCGAAAGAAGGAUAAAGACUCAGACGCUGAGGACGGCGGCAAUUCACACUCAGAGGAGAAGUCGGGGUCUUCGUCGGAAGCUUCAAAACCUGAUUCUCCGUCAGCGCGAAAGUCUCCCAAAGAAGAUGGUCAGCAUUCGGACGGCCAUGAGGCGAGCGAGGAGGGUUCAGAGAGUGACAAAUCAAACACAGGGGGAGACUUCGAGAUGCUGUGAGACUGAUGUUGCUUAUAAGAAAAUUAACUGUAUGUUAUCGAGUCGGUUUGUUUUUGAGAUUCUAGUAAAUUUUUUAAACAUUUAACAACCAAGUGGGAGAUGAGUUUUCGAUAUUUCAAGUGCGUAUCGAAAACCGAUACGAAACAUGAUCGUUGAAGCUCGCGUUCUGUGUCAAUGAGUAAAAUGAAAGUUUCUGUGUAUUGCAGCCAGAAAGAUAUAUAUUAAUUUAUAAGAUCAAUUGCUCGUUAACCCCCCGACUUGUGUGGAGAGAAAAAGAAAUAUAACGUUGCCUUUAAUGAUUGACUCUGCCGUGGACUGAGUAUGGCUCUUCUCGGAGCUAUAAUUUUAUCUCGCAUUUAAUUUAUAUUUGCGCAAGUAUCAUGUGGACUAUUGAUAAAUUGUAUACGUCUUCUAACAGUUCACGUUGAGACAGAACGACCCUUUUUACUCCGUCUGUUUCUCAAUGCCCUUAGUUACGUCUGUUGGUUCCUCUUGCAAUGGAAACAUUAUAGUUUAUUCCGCAAAGCUGCAUUACGCAUUACUUAUAUACGAUGUACAAUAAUUUUUAUUAAUUAUUAUAUUAUAUAUUAACAUAGUUAUGAAUUAUGGAGUUAUAACAUGAAUAAAAAAAGAGUAAAAGCA